UAAGCGCAUGUGUGCUGAAUGCCGUACUGGAGGACAGUGUGCAGAACUUUGUGUGGGUUUUUUUUAAUAAAAAUCUGAAGCUGUUACAUAUACCAUAAAAUUACAUUACUCGGUCAAAUCUGCAAACUUAGGUUAGCUUUUAUUCAUCAGUGCACAUGAGUGCAUCCAGGCUGAAGCAACUGAAGAGUCAGAUUCUGCCUGAUAAGCUCAUAGCAAUGGCUGGAUCGCCCAGUCCUCUGACCACACAUGUGCUGAACACUGCAAUGGGUGUCCCCGGAUCAAAUAUGUCCCUCAGCCUUUAUCGCCAAGACCCCUCCACUAACGCCUGGAAUUUAAUUACCACUGGGACCACUAAUGAUGACGGACGCUGCCCAGGACUUAUCACAAAGCAAUCAUUUACAUCUGGUGUGUACAAAAUGCAUUUUGAGACUGCUCAGUACUGGGCGAGUAUGGGAGAGACCUGCUUUUACCCCCAUGUUGAGAUUGUCUUCACUAUAAAUGACCCAGGGCAAAAGUACCAUAUCCCCCUGCUUCUGAGUCGUUUCUCUUACAGUACAUACAGAGGGAGCUAGAGAUCAAGUAAGAAGAACCUCCUGAGACAAUUCCAUCUAUCAGCUGUUUGACACAACAGAGGCAGAGAGAACUCCACCAACAAUGUCCAUGAUAGCACCAAGUGAACUGUUGCACAUAUUGGCAAGGCAUAAUACUCCAUUUCCAUUUCACAUUUUGUUUUUCAUAUACUCUGUGCUUUAGUCUACCAUAACAACUAUUGCAAACUGUUAUUUUAAGA